AUGGCACCCAUCACCGCUAUCAUCGACAAGACCAGCCCUGACGAUAGCGUCAUAAAGCUCUUCUACGCCACCGGGAAAGCUCAGCUUGGCCUUAGUCUCUGGCCAGGCACAAAAGAUGCCGACCCUGAAGACCCCAUCCAACCUCCUCAAGAAGUCGGGAAUGGCCAAUACAUCCUGAACCCCUCUCAGAUGGCCAGUGUCAACCUUCAAGGUGUAGAGAGAGUCUUUACCCUUACAACAGACAACCCGUUCAAAGUCACCCCGGAUGACUUUUAUAAUCUCUCAGAGAUUUCCGAAUCGAAGCAGAAGCAGCUGGCUGGCGUGGCAAUUGGCAACACCACGCUCGCUGCCUGUGGAAAUGGAGAGAGUGCCUGGGUCUACUACAGCAGAACAUUUGGCAAUGGCAGGAUUCUUGUAGAAUUGAACCUCCAGACUUCACAGAGCACUGACCUCACAGGGACUUUUGGUCUCUGGAUUAAUUCCUUCGCCGCUGCCUGGUACGAUCCCACGAUUGAUAGGCGAUGUCUUAUCUAUGAGACAAGCUCACUUGUAGAGUUUGUUGUCGGCAGUGACUCACCUGCCGUGCCAAUACAGCCAACAGGCGACAUGCAGCGCAACACCCCAGUGGCCGUCGCGUUCGAGAAUGGCAAAGUCUUUCUUUACUACUGCGGGACAGGUGCUGCUGGUGGCAUCCGGCGCACUGUUAAAACGAACAAUACAUGGGGUAUUUCUACGCUUAUUGACAGUCGGACUAUUUCUCAGGAUAGCCAGCUCACGGUGGUGAGGGCCAAUGGCAUUAACCAUUUAUUCUUCGUGGCGAGAGACCAGAACGAGGAGGAGGAUGAUUACUUUGUGCACUAUGCAGAUGAGAUUAGUUAG